UUAUGGGAAGCGUAGUUCACAGGCGUAAAUUUAGAAGCCACAGAGAGUUGCCAGGACUACAAGUCCCAGGGCGGGGACAGAGCGGUAAGGUGAGACUGGGCGUGCGGAUAGGGUGAAGUCUGACUACUCGGAGCAGAGAUUCUGUAUGUGAAAUUCAGGAACAAAAUGAUAAGCACCCUGGUCACCUAGCAGCCACCGAAAAAGAAAAUACAUGCCAAUGCCAACAUGCUUGUCUGAAAUCUGACUUUUACAGAAAGGAUGGCUGUUCCAUGUGCCAUAUUCCUGGGCAGGUUUAUAGCAGACACAGUAGGAGUAUCCAUUUUAUCUAUGGUGUAUGACUGCUGCAGUGAGAGAGAUUUAAAUGGCUCCUGUUCCAUAUCCCAUCGCUGUAGUCCAGGUUGUUACAGACUCUGGUCAGAAGAUGGAAGCAGCACUUGCGUUAAAUGCAAAAAUGAGACCAGUCUGGGUUCUGAAGUCAUUCCUAAUGUGACAGAGUGCAGAAAUUCACCUGAACCUGCAGUUAAGACAGGUCUGUACGUAUCCCUUCUCUGUGAAGUCUCUGGAGGCCUCUCUCGCCCGGCAUCUCAGUCAGGAAUGGCAGCAUGGAAAUGCAAUAUGAAGCUGUUUGGCUCCAGUACACUGGAUAUAAGCUUGAAUUCCAGCAGCACUCCUUAUGUGCCCCACAAUCUUGGUAGUCCAGGAAUAGCUGCCUCUCUCCUGCUGGGCAUACUCUUCAUCAGUCUGUUCCUCAUUCUUUCAGUGGCCUCAUUCUUUUACCUCAAACGUUCACAAAAACUUCCUGAAAUUUUCUACAGAAGAAAUAAGGCAUCCAUCUUUCAACCCAGUGAAAUGGCUUCUAUGAUUCCAAAUCCCAAAUCUUCAGUUCGAAAGCCAAGGUAUGUUCGCCGUGAGAGGUCACGCACAACAGCAGCUCCAGAUUCUUCAGCAGAAACACGAGUGAGCAAUGUCUAGUUGCUUCUGCCUAAUCAGCCAGCGCUGUUAAGAUCACAAAUCUGAUUGGCAGAAAUACAGUAAAGCCCUUAAAGAAGGGUGUGAACAAAUAUGACAACUUGUGUCUUUUCCGAGGUUUGAACUUUACUCUUACAAAGCACUGAAUAGAGAACAAUAUUAUUAAUCCAACUGCAUCAAUAUGCAAGCAGUAUGCAAACAAGUUUAAAAGUAGCUGGCAAUUGUUGCAAAGAUCCAUGAGAACAAUGAAGGAAAUGUCACAAUUAACUGCUCAUCAAAUGGCACAUUAGACUGUUUUUAUCUUUUUUGCUCAAAUCACUUUGUGGCACAAAUGUAUGUAUGUAUGUAUGUAUAACUUUAUUUAUAAAGCGCCACAAGGGUACGCAGCGCUGUACAGUCUUACAGAAUACAAAAUUACACACAGGGAGGACAAGUGAUAUAAUAAAUAAGUACAAUAAAUACAUAUAUGUAUAUAUAUAUAUAUAUAUAUAUAUAUAUAAGUGCCAUGUGGUAUGAGACACAGUAGGAAGGAGGUCCCUGCCCCGUAGAGCUUACAAUCUGAAUGAACUGAAUAUAUUUCUUUUAUGCUUAUUUUUUAUAAUUUAGAUUUCUUUUUUGUAUCUGCAGCAGCUUUAAUAAAUUAAGUAAUUUAAAACAUCCUGGUUUGCUAGCCAAAUGUAUCUGUAAAAGUGAAACGUAUAAAGACAAAUAUACUGUUUACAAGGAGUGUUUACAUUUAAGAAUAGUUUAUUGUGUAUGUUACACAUUACUACUUUGCAUAUUUGCUAUUAUACUUGUAUGAGGGCUGCCUUGCCCCAGCUCAGUUAUUCAUUCACGUCAGAUAAAUCGGACUGAAAUUGUUUAA